AGGUGCAUAACUGCGGGUGCAAAUGGCGGCGGAAAGAUGAUUUUGACUAUCUUUUGUUCCCUGUUCGGUUAGCCUUAGUACACUACGGUUUUAUAAAAAAAAAUGGACGACCUCGACGCUUUCAUAAGCGGCUCUUACGUCGUGCCCACGGCCUCCAAACCAGCGACUUCGACGAAAACUAACACGACAGCGACAAAGCGAGCUACAACGGGAAGCAAGCAGAAAAAGGCUUCAGGCGCGCCUAGUAGUGCUGCUGUUCGUCCGGUGGGAACAAGCAAAGCCACCCCAUCAUCAAGUGUUGCAAAGCCAAGUCAGCCUGCCUCGUCUUCGAAUGGCGGCCACAUCCAGAAGGAAGGGCAACAUGGUCCUAAGCCAGCAGCAAAUCAUGUUGAUCCUGUCGGCAACAACUACCUCCAGAAAGGGCAUAAACAAGCGCUGGAUGGCAAGAACCACCAGCGAUCGUGGAAAGGAGCACCACAGCCAAAUGCGCAUGUUGACGGCAAGAAGGGUAAGCAAGUCUUCUCGACGUCGAAGGGCAAGGCGGGACGACCACACCAGAGGAGACCUGAUACGAAUGAAAAUAGCGGAUGCGGAAAAGGCUUUCAACAGCCUCCACAAUAUUUUAUCGACUUCGCGCAUGUUCGUUCCAUCGUAGUUCACGCCUUACCACCCUGCACAACGGAGACGACACUUCGGCACCAGUUCCCUGAGAUGGAUAGAGCCUCGAUUCUUCAAGAUAGUGACGGAUAUUGUCGCGGGACAGCCUAUGUCUAUUUCGCGAGUCAUGAAGUGGCUAUGAAAUAUCAUGAGAAGGCGAAAUCGGAGAGCACUGGUGACUAUAAGAAAGGACGACAUCUUCAUCGAGCACCAGGAAAAGGCUGUGGCCAGAAGGGAAGCAGUGGCACGGGCUCUUCGAAUUCGAAGGGCAAGGGAGCUAGCAAAGGUCAAGCUGAGUCUUCUCCGCUUGAAGAUCUGCCUCACACACAGGUUUCACGUAUAGAAGUAUCCGAACCGGCGUGCGAUGAAAGAAAUGCUGAUAAGCACGAACUACACAGGAGCGACUCCAUAGAAAUGUACCUCAACCGCAGACAGCCUAUUUCUGGCGCAGCACAGCGGAUUAAACGUCGCGAGCUUUUGAAGAAACGCAAAGCGGACAAAGCGGAGGCUCAAGCCGCUUUAGACCUUGAGCGUUUAGGCUGGAAAGAAGUAGCCAGGAAAAAGAAGAAGAGGCGGAGAGGGGUUUGUGGGUAUGUUGCGAUGAGUGAAGGAGCUUCCUCGUCAGGAGAUCUUGAGCAUCACAGAGCAAGGUUUGGCGAUAAUAGAGGAACGACGCAAUUGAAAAUGACCAGCACCAGUGAUACUCCUGCUGCAACUACUCCAACUGCUCCUAUCCAGACGAGCUCCAAGCAUGUCGUUUUUGCAGACGAGGACUGCGAGGAUGAAAAAGUCCAUGUUGUACCACCUUUAUCCAGGACACUUGCCGUCGGACAAGCAGUGGUUAUCGAUGCGGAGAGUGCUGGUCGUGCUUGCGAAUUCGGCUACUUUGAGCGUCGAAAGGCAGCCUCAUCCACGGUGAAGCAACUGAAGAGACCAAAGACGCGACAGGCAGUGAAAAAUGUUAUAGCAUCUAUUCUGGCGUCGAAGAAACGGAAACUUCCAGGUACUAUCAUCGAGGAUGCAGUGCCACCAGCGACCAGCGUAUCCUCGAAGUCGAUACGAAACGGAGGAUCCUCAAUUAUACCUCUGGACGCUAGUGAUAAGGAUACACUCGAGACUAUGGAGGACUAUGAUCUCGUGGCCGCGAAAUCGGGACAAAGCGCUGAUGAACUUGACGAGCUUCAAAUUGUUGAAGAUCAAGAAGCUUACCAGGAGGAUGAAGGCAAAAAACGUCGGCGUCUUGAGCUGACCGACUUGCCAGAUGAUGUUUUUCGAGUCGAUUGUGGAAAGCUGAAGCCUUUGUUGACAAUAGGAGAAAAUGACGGACAAGCUGCUGCUGCUGCUGCUGCAACAAACGACUCUUCAACACGACUCCAUUUUGCGCGCAUUUCCUCAGCUGAUAAAGCAAAGGACUCUGUUGUCGUUGUUUCCUCUGUGAAUGGAAAGAUGCGCAGGCAAGAAUUUCCAUACUUUUCAUCAUUGAUAGACGUGAGGUAGCCCUAAACUUGAAAAAACUCCGACAUUUCCCUUGCCCCCAUUUGAUUUGCCUUUCUCAGUAGAAUCUGGCUUGUACUUUCCCCAUUCAUCAUCCUCUACGAUAUUUUUACCCUCCAUUGAGCAAGGUCUAGUCUUCGU